UAUAGACAUGGAGAACCAUAUUUUAAUCCUUGACCAUAUAUGAAAAACGUGAAGACUCCAUGAGAAAAUUUGAAGUGGUCUGAGGCUGAGUCUAAACCGCCGUGCCGGCGGCCUGAAAGAGACAAAUCCCAUCACUCCCAACGGUGCUCGUAAGUAUCGAAGCGGCAUUAAGUAAAUGUCAUUUCCUUUAAACAGAGAACCCAAAACGGCCAACAAUUCCCAUUUCACAUUUAUUUAUAUACAUAAACUGUUCGAAUCCCAUUAGCAUCAAAACAAAGCUGGGUUUGGAAAAUGGGAGAUUGGGGGCCUGUUGUUAUAGCCGUAGUACUGUUCGUAAUUCUGAGUCCAGGUGUUCUGUUUCAGCUGCCCGGAAAUAACAGAGUCGUGCAGUUCCUCAAUAUGCAGACCAGCGCCAUCUCCGUCUUCGUCCACACCAUCAUCUUCUUUGGUCUCAUCACUAUCUUUGUCAUCGCCAUUGACGUUCAUAUUUCCUCUGGCUGAAACCAAAAACUCCCCCUUUUCUUCUUUCUUUAUAACCUUCCCUCUUCUCUCUGUUUUUCGUUCUUGUUGUCUCUCCGUUUUUCUUAAACUUCUCUUUCCCUUAUUACAAUCCCAUAAAUCUAAACCUAUAGUCUGAGUACAUAUGGAUGCCUGUUGAUUAGUUUCGGUUCAAAUAGUGUUCUACAUUCUUGCUCACAAUGCAAAGUAACCAUUAUAAGUACUAAUUUUAAAUUCAGGUUAGUGUUGAGGGGUCAAGGAAUCUCCUCUAUCUUUAUGUUCUGUGUUGAUUCUUUUGUUUGAGAGAUGUAGUCUUCCGGCUUUUAUGUAUUAUUGUUGUGCGUGAGUUCAGAAUUAUGUUUUCCUUCUCUGCCUAUAUAGGGCGUUUCAUCGUGUAAUCAUUUAUGGAAAAAUGAGUGGGAAACAGAAGGGUUUCUCUUCGUUUUACAAUUUUCCAUCUUUGAUUUAUUUUUAAUAAUUUGUUUAGUACCACUCACAUGUGGUAAGCAUGCAAGCCCGCAUAUGGUCGGCUAUUCGUGCCCCCGGGCAGUAUGGGCACUAAUUUGUCGGGCGAGGUCGAGCAUGUAACGUCGUGUGUUUAAAUGGACAUCUUUAAUCAUUAGUAUAAGAAUAAUGAAUCUAAAAGAUGCACCAUCUUUAAGAUGACAGAUUGAGGAUGUUUACAUUCGAAAAAAAUUAACAAACUUCACAUUGUUAGACCUUCAAACUUUGCUAGUAUGUAUGUGUACACUUAUAUACCAUAGCAAAUCAAAUGAAUCUACAUUAGUCAAUUAAUUUUGUAACUUCAAAAUAUAU